GAAGUGAAAUGUCAAAAUGGCAGCUCGCAUUGUUGGAGCGUUCCACCGACGGUGAACUUGUUGCAUUCCACAAUUACGUGAAGUUCAAAUUUUACGCAAACUUCAAAAUCCUCAGUUGUGCCGUUAACGCAAAAUAACACUGAAUCAUCUUGAAAUUAAAGUAUCUCACGAUGGCUGACGAAGCAGAACAAGUGCCGGCGAUAAACGUGAAGGAACCGCUAGACCUCAUAAGGCUGAGCCUGGAUGAGCGGAUUUACGUAAAGAUGAGGAACGAGAGAGAACUCAGAGGGCGUUUGCACGCUUAUGACCAACACUUGAACAUGGUGCUGGGUGAAGCGGAAGAAACAGUAACCACUGUAGAGAUCGAUGAAGAGACAUAUGAGGAGGUGUACCGCACCACAAAGAGGAACAUCUCCAUGCUGUUUGUGCGUGGUGACGGUGUCAUCCUGGUGUCACCACCCAGCAUGAGGGCGCCGAUAUAAGAUUAUUGCUAAGUUCUAUGUGAUUUCUCCAAGUUAUAAUCAUAACGUAAUGUAACGUAGACUAAAAGUCUAAUACUGUUGACGUGGGGAACCUUCAGUGGUUGACUGCAGACUGUGAACACCUAAUGUUAUACGUACAUAAACAAAUAUACACACACAUACACAUAUAAGAUUCUGAAAAUGAUGAUUGUGGAUGAUAAUAAAAAGUGUAUUCUUCUAA